GAUGAACGCUACUGUUCCCCAUGGCACAUCUUCAGUUUAGAGCCCCUCUACUAUGGACAGAUUUCGUUGGUGUUCCGAUCAAGUCGAACAUCUCGGACUAGCUGGAUCCUCUGGAGCAGAUGAAGAAGCUAUCGUGUUACAACAACUUGGUGUUCGGUUAUAUGACGGAUCGGAGCGGACAUCUUUCGACAAUGGUGCCUUGGUUCUCACCACUCAUCGACUGUUGUGGAAAAGCAGCGCCGAUACUACGGAGCCCUUUGUUGCUUUACCAUUAGCCGCUGUGUUGGAUGUUCGGCUUGAAGAAGGCGGUGGUCUUGUUCGCAGUCGAACCCCAAAAUUGGUGCUCCGCUUGUUAUCUGUAGCGGCUUUACAGAACGCACUUGCCAGUCUGCCACAUCCUUUGCCCUGGAUAGAUCGGUGGCGAGCGAAUGAAUUUUCCUAUUCUGUGGUUGGUCACUCAUAUGAGAACCAUGUCAAACUGGGAUUCACUCGAACUGGAGACCGGGAAUUUUUAAUGGCAUUAAAGGAAGUUCUUCAGGCUAAAGUUUGGGCUGCUUCGCUGGUUCCCUCCACUGCUUCCCGCCAUCACAUUGGCGCGGGAAUCGGCGCUAUUCAAAGACAGCAAGCCGCUCGCGCUGGCAUCACAGAUACACAGUUGGAGGAGGCUUUUGACGAUUUGAAUAAACUAAUGACACAUGCAAAGGAAAUCGUCAUGUUAAGUCGAAAUCUGGCCAGACGUGCUCGGGACGCGAAGGAUGGCCAAUGGACGACGAACGAAACAGCUGAACUCCGCUCAGCCAUGCUUUCUGUGGGCAUUUCGGACGAGUACGGAUCUCGCCAAACGGACCGAAAGAGCGUUAAUCCCGACUCAUUUCACACACAGCUAGCCCAUCAGCUAUGUGAUUUGCUCACUCCCCUACUGACGAAUUGCACCGAUUCCCAGGCGGGAGCUGGGUGCAUUGAUUUGCCCUCGGUGUACUGCAGAAUCAAUCGAGCCAGAGGAAUGCAGCUUAUUUCACCCGAUGAUUUGCUUCGUGCUUGUCAUCUCCUCGAGCGGGAACAACUACCGCUUCGUCUCAAGUGCUUUCCUAGUGGACUGUUAACACUUCAGUUGGCUUCAGAGAACGAAAGUGAAACUCUCAAGGCUACUGCUGAACUCGUACACAAACGUGGCAGCCUCACAGCGGACGAAAUGGCACGAGCUACCAACCUCCCCACCGUCUUGGUUCGCGAGCGACUUUUGGCAGUGGAAGACGCCGGCCUUGUGUGCCGAGACGAUAGCGAGGCCGGUCUUCGUUUCUACCCGAACCUGUUUUUAACUCGUGUUUCCUAACCUUUGCUUCCAUUUUGCCUUCUCCGGUUAUUUCAAUCUCCUCAGAUCAGUACAGAGUAAUUUUUUCA